GUGCAAAAAAAGAGUUGCAAUGGCAUCCAUAACAGAGUUGAAACGCGCUUUGAGAGAGACGCUGGAGGCCCGGGGGGUCCUCGGGCAGCUGAAGGCGAGGAUUCGGGCGGAAGUGUUCAGUGCGCUGGACGAUCAGACCGCACCGCGCCCGCCGCUGUCCCACGAGAACCUGCUGAUCAAUGAACUAAUCCGGGAAUACCUGGAGUUCAACAAGUAUCGAUACACAGCAUCAGUGCUUACCGCAGAAUCAAGUCAGCCUGAAGUUCCCCUGGACCGUCAGUUCAUGGCCAAUGAGCUAAAUGUCGCUGAAGAUGCAAGCGCCAAAGCUGUGCCUCUGCUGUAUGGUUUGCUCCAUCAUUUCCUUAGCAGCAAGGAAGAGAACAAAGGAAAACUCUUCCUAACAAGCUCAGCAACAGUGCCUUCAAAAGAGUCAUAAAACUAAUAGAUGAAAGAGGCAACACUCACCAGAGGAAAUUAUAUGAUCACAAUUAAGCAGUUUAGGCACCAUUUUGGUGCUAAGGGGGCCAAAAUUCUCUGUUUAGCUUAGUUUGGUUUUAGAUAUUGAGUGCAUUUAUUUAUUUGAUUUUUGUAUUGAUGGCGUCAGUUGUACGGCUUAAUCCAAAGCAAUUCAGUUUUACUUGUAUAUGGAAGCCCAUUUCUGCCACAUAGCAAAAAAAAAAAUAAAGAACUGAGCAUUAAGUCAAAAUUAGAGAUAAAAAAAGUCAUAGUUCUGAGGUCAUAUUUCAAAAUUAGGAGAUAAAAUGAUGAAAUUAUGAGGCGGCAAGUCAAAUUUGAGAUAAUAAAUGAUAUUUAUGAGAUACUAAGUUAAAACAAUUUUGAGAUAAAAAAUAUUAAAUUAUAAGAUGUCAAGUCAUAAUUGUGAGAUACGGAAUAAUUAUUAUGAGUUGUAAAUACUUUUAAAAAGUAAAAAUGAUCAUCUCAUACUUGUGAUUUAGUAUCUCAUAAUUCUAAUAACUUUUUAUCUAAUAAUUGGCUUUUUAUUUAGUUGAUUUAGUAUCUCAUAAAGAUGACUUUUCAUCUCAUAAUUAUGACUAAGCAUCUCUGAAUUUUGACUAGUCAAAGCACUAUUUUUCUUUUUUUAUAUGGCGGAAUGGGCUUCCAUACUUUUCAGCUCAUAAUGGGAUUAGAGAUGUUUUUAGUUACAAUAUAGUAUAAAAUUGCAAUUUUUUUAUGAACUGUAUGUAAAUAGUCUUGACAUACAACUAAAGGAUUUUUAAGUGGAUGUUUUUGUACCAUUAAAAAAAAAAAAGCACCAUUAAUUUUCAAUUUUAUGUAAAUAUAGCCUUUUAUUUAUCUAUAUAUAUUUAAUGUAAAGCAAGUUUUUUGAUGCUAACAUAACUAAUGAAAAAUGCAAAUAUUCAAGGGAAAAUUCCGGGUUCAAUUCAAGUUAAGCUCAAUUAACAGCAUUUGUGGCAUAACUUUGCCUAACACAAAAAAUAAUUUCGACUUGACCCUCCUUUUCUUUAAAACAAAAAUAAAAAACAGGGUGUGGCAGGGCAGAUGGCGGGCCGGGUUGUGAUUCUACACACCCGGUUAUCAGGCUAAUCAAGCCUCCGAGAGGGAUAAAGGCCGACUGCGGAGGAUGGUGCGGGAGAGAGAGAUAGUUUACAGACAUAUCCGUCAUGUGUGUGUUUUUGUCUUUUGUUUAAGUUUAUCAUUAAAAUAUUAUUUAUAUUGUCAAGCCGGUUCUCGCCUCCUUUCCAUUGAACUGCUUUACACUGGGUUACAGUGAGCACUUACAGUACAAUGGAAGUGAAUGAGGCCUGUCCUUAAAAGUUAAAAUGUUCAAAAAGUGCAGCAAUGAGACGAAAACAAUAUGCAUGUUAACGCAUUAUUAUUUAUGUUUUCUAACCUUUUCUGUGUAAAGGUAUAUCCAAUUUUACAACUUCAUUGCCAUGACAACAUUACACCAUAAAAAAUUAUAAGUUUCACAUUUCUGCCUUUUAAACCCUCCAAAAAUUGGCCCUAUUGAUUUUUGCUUUUUUAAAGAAAAUCAUGGACUAGUCUAAAUUAUUUUUGUGGUAAUCAACAUUUUGCCACAAAUGCUGUCGAUUGAGCUUAACUUGUAUUAAACCCGGAAUAUUCCUUUAAAAGACCUAGUGAAGUUCUUUGAUGGUUUAUCUUAAAAAGCAGUACACUACAGGGUUGCCAAAACAAGCCUGGAUGAAUAUUUCUAAGUGAAGCCCCAGGUCCUUGAACUAUGAAUUUUGAGCAUUCUUUAGUUGUCAUUCCUCACUUUCCUAUUAGUUUGCCAAAGCCAACCUGUCUUAUGAAAAUGGCAUUUAAACAAUAGUUUCCUGCCUAAUCUGUUCUCGCUCAAUUGAAAGCACUCUUCUGUUGUACUGUCUGUUUCUAUUGGAAGCACUUUAGAUUUUACAGAAGAGCAAAGUAUUUUUUUUUUUUUUACCAGUUUUACCAAAAUGGGGUACUGUGGUCAUUCUUGAUUUUAUGUCUCAUGCGCUUCUGCUCAGAAACUCUUUGAGAUGAUUCAGUGUGUCCGUUUAGAUGUGUUGUAGUAUGUUUAGUUUUCAUUCACUUCACAACAGCACAGCUCAAAAACAUUGUAAACACCAUCUGUUGCCAAGAUUUUAAAAGGUAUGUCAAUACUUAAAGAUACACUUGAUAUGUUUAGCCUUUCACAAAGAAAGUUGUCACAGGGAAGGCAAUUUGAGGAAAGGAAUUUCUCCCAGUGCAAUGUCACGAUUCAUGUCAAUGGCAAGGAAUAUUAAAUGCAUCAAAAGUUCAAGGGUUGGCAAAUAAGUAGGACGAUCAUGGUAAAUUUCUCAUAAUUAAAGGUUUUCCAUAAAAUCACAAAUCAUGUGAAACAUUUUGAAUAAAUAUGAGCUGCAAAAAUAUUUGCUUGCUCUCCUGCUGUCAAGUUGGAACUGUGUUCCAAGAGGAGCAAAUAAUACACUCAUAUAUAACCCUCAAAAUAUUUUGUACAUUCAUGGAUUUGAGUCAGAAGUUGGCAAACCUGGCAUCCAGUUAAUGAAACGAGAUUGGAGGUGUGGGUUAAAGCUACUUUAACAUAUAAAAAGCACUCCAACAUUUUGAGUUUGCUAUUCACAAGAAGCAUCUGCUGACGUUGGUCAUGCCUCGCAAAAAGAGAUCUCAGAAGACUUACGAUCAAGAGUUGUUGCCUUGCAUAAAGCUAGAAAGGAUUACAAAGUUAUAUGGAAGAGCUUAGAUAUUCAUCUGUCCACACGUUUUCUAUAAAUGAAAAUGAUUAAGUACUGUGGCUACUCUUCCUAAAAGUGGCCGUCCAGCCAUGAUGACUCAAAGGGUACAACGCAGAAUGCUCAAUGAGGUAAAAAUAAGAACCCUAGAGUGACAGCUAAGGACUUGCUGAGUCAUUGGAACUGGUCAACAUCUCUGCUCUUGAGUCUAUUAUACAGAAAUCAUUAAACAGCCAUGGUGUCCAUGGCAGUACACCAUGAAGGAAGCCUCUGCUUUCCAACAAAAACUUUGUUGUGCAUUUGAAAUUUGCCAAAGACCAUCUUGACAUUGCACAACACUACAACUGGAAUAAUGUUUUGUGGACUGAUGAAACUAGUUUAAUUGUUUGGGAAGAACAUGCAGAAAUUUGUAUGGCAUAAAAAGGGCAACGCAUACCAACAUGAUUACAUAAUACCAACAGUGAAGCACGAUGGAGGGAGUAUCAUGAUUUGGGGCUGCUUUGCUGCUUCGGGCCUGGACCGCUUGCUAUCAUCGAGGGAAAAGCUAAUUCCUAAGUUUAUCAAGAUAUCCUACAGGAUAAUAUCAAGGUUGUUGUGCACCAGCUGGAGCUCAGUAGAAGUUGGGUGAUGCAGCAGAACAAUGACCCUAAACAUCAAAGUAAAUUCACUACAGAAUGGCUUAAAAAAAAGGAGAGAGGAAAGAAAAUGGAGUGGCCCAGUCAGAGCCCAAACCUUAACCUAAUAAAGAUGCUGUGGAACGACCUCAACAGAGCUGUUUACAUCAGACAUCCUAAGAAUAUGGCUUAGCUGAAGCAGUUCUGUAAGGACGAAUGGUCCAAAAUUCCUUCUGAACAUUGUGCAGGUCUAAUCCGCAGCUAAUGGAAACAACUGGUUCAGUUAAAUCCAAGGGUUUACUUACUUUUUCUACAGCACAGUGAAUGUUUAAUGUGAUAUGUUUA